AUGGUGAUGGUCGAGAUUCGCCAGACCGAAGUCUACGCUCGCUGGUUCAGGCGGCUUCGGGACAGGCAGGCCAGGGUGAGAAUCGACAGCCGCAUCCGUAGGCUGUCCCUGGGCAAUGCCGGCGACGUGAGGCCGGUGGGUGAAGGCGUUUCAGAGAUUCGCAUCGACUACGGACCCGGCUACCGGGUGUACUUCGUGCAGCGAGGGGAAGUCCUGGUCGUCCUUCUGGCCGGAGGCGACAAGGACAGCCAGGAGCGGGACGUACGAAGGGCGCUGGAGUCUGGCAAGGGGCCUUUAGGAGAGAGUAGCUAUGGCAAGGACGCAGACCCGUCCGUGGGACCCGGCGGAGCACCUUGA